AUGUCCCUGGAGAAAGAAACAGAACAGGCCAGUGCUGCUAAGAGCCACAGCCAGUCCACGUCAGAGCUCAUCGGACUUAGCUCUUCUCUCAUAAUCAACAGCAAGCACAUUGUACUGAACUCACCUGAGGUCAGAGACCGCGGAGGAUCCGAGGAGAUCCUUGGAGCGGAACCGGAAGGGGUCCUUGGAAGGGGUCUUCUGUUUCUUGUGUAUUUGCUAGCCAGACCUGCCGUUCAGCCUUCAGGGAAGAGAGUGAACUUCCUCACUUGGCCUGAGCCUAUUGUUAUUCAGGUGUUUCCUUUCCAGGAAGGCCCAUCUUCUUGCUGUCCUUACUCUCAGCCAGUGAGAACCGGCUUUCUAACCACACUAGCAAUAGAAGAUACCUCCUUAGUAGCUCAAGCUGUGUGCAUCUGGCAAGCAGGCCUCCUUGGUUCUCUGAUAGGACUCUUAGGAAAGAUAAAGUGUUACCUCUUAAAGAGGCCACUGCCAUCUUCAACUGACCGGAAGAAGUUUGAUCAUGAGUUUGCCAUCUCCACUUCCUUUCAUGGGAUACAUAACAUUGCCCAGAACAAGAGCAGGGUUCGAAAGGUGAUCUGGCUGUCUGUGGUGCUGGGCUCUGUCUCACUCUUGGUGUGGCAAAUCUAUAGUCGCUUGGUCAAUUAUUUCACAUGGCCAACUACAACAUCUAUAGAGGUUCAGUAUGUGGAAAAAAUCGAGUUCCCAGCUGUGACAUUCUGUAACUUGAACAGAUUCCAAACAGAGGCUGCAUCAAAAUUUAGCAUCAUUUUCUUCUUAUGGGAUAUAGUUUCCAAAGUCCUCCGCCUUCAGGAAAUUAGUGCCAACAACACUGACUCUUUAGAGACUUUAAAUUUUGUUACAAGUCACCAAAACUUCAGCAUUACAGAAUUUGUCAAGAAAAAUGGUUUUUAUCUCAAUCAAGACACUUUAUUGCACUGUAAAUUUUUUGGAAAACCAUGUGGUCCAAAGGAUUUCAAACACGUUUUUACUGAAUAUGGAAAUUGCUUUACUUUUAACCAUGGUGAGAAUAUCCAAAGCAAGAAUAAAGUGAGUUUGUCUGGAAGAGGCUUAAAGCUGCUCUUCAAUGUCCAUCAGGAGGAAUUUACUGAUAAUCCCAUGCCUGGUUUUGCUGAUGCUGGCAUCAUCUUUGUUAUUCACUCACCAAAGAAGGAGCCACAGUUUGAUGGCUUGGGUUUAUCUUCUCCCGUAGGAAUGCACGCACGGGUGACCAUCCGCCAACUGAAGACAGUCCAUCAGGAAUAUCCUUGGGGAGAGUGCAAUCCUGACAUCAAAUUGAAGAACUUUACAACCUAUAACACUUACAGUUGUUUAAAGGAGUGCAAAGCCCAGCACAUACAGAGGCUGUGUGGAUGUUUGCCAUUUCUGCUUCCAGGAAAUGGUGUCGAGUGUGAUCUACUAAAACACUACAACUGUGUUUCUCCCAUUGUCGACCACAUUGAGAUUAAGGGACUAUGCACAAUGGGGACACACAACUCCAGCUGCCCUGUGUCAUGUGAGGAAACAGAAUACCCAGCUACUGUUUCUUAUUCUACUUUCCCAAGUCAAAAAGCAUUAAAAUUUCUUGCUAAAAAAUUGAAUCAAAGUCAAGAAUAUCUCAGGGAGAAUCUUGUGAACAUUGAAAUAAACUAUAGUGACUUAAACUAUAAGAUAACACAGCAACAAAAGGCAGUGAGUGUACCUGAGUUACUCGCCGAUGUUGGUGGUCAGCUGGGCCUAUUUUGUGGAGCGAGUCUGAUUACAAUUAUAGAAAUUAUUGAAUAUAUAUUGACAAAUUUCUACUGGAUACUCAUUUUCUUUUUGCUGAAAAUACUUGAAAUGGUCCAGAGGACUUCUCCACCUCAGGCAGUAUAGAA